GGCCCAUGUGGUAUGUUAAUGAGCGGACCACCGACUCCAGCCCAGUCGAAAGAUAGCUCUCACCUACCUGAUAACUUCGGCACGUGAAUGUCCACGUGGUUUACCUUUCCAAGAUGUUGUUAGAAGCGCUGGACGGCGACGAGACCGGCGUCUUCACCGCCGCUGCCGCCUCUGUGCAGAUCCAGGUGGAGCCGGUGGGCCGGUGGUUCGAGGCCUACGUGAGGAGGAGGAACCGGAACGCGUCGGUCUCCUUCCAGGAGUUGGAGGAGGAAGAGGAGUCCUCGGAGGAGUCGGAGGAUGAAGAAUUCCAGCUGGAGGAGUACCCCAUGCUGCGAACACUUGACCCCAAAGACUGGAAGAAUCAAGACCACUACGCUGUCCUCGGACUGCCACACCUGAGGUACAAAGCCACGCAAAAGCAGAUCAAAGCAGCCCACAAGGGGAUCGUGUUGAAGCACCACCCCGACAAGAGGAAAGCUGCAGGGGAGCAGAUUGUCGAGGGGGACAACGACUACUUCACCUGUAUAACUAAAGCUAUAGAGAUCCUGUCGGACCCCGUGAAGAGGCGAGCCUUCGACAGCGUGGACCCCACCUUCGACAACGCCGUGCCUUCCAAGAGCGAAGGCAAGGAGAAGUUCACGGAGGUGUUCGCGCCCGUCUUCGACAGGAACGCCAGGUGGUCCACCAAAAAGCACGUCCCCAAACUCGGAACCAUGGAGUCCUCCUUCGAAGAAGUCGACAGUUUCUACUCCUUCUGGUACAACUUUGAUUCAUGGAGGGAGUUCUCAUACCUGGAUGAAGAAGAGAAGGAGAAGGCUGAGUGUCGAGAUGAGAGGAGAUGGAUUGAGAAGCAGAACCGAGCCUCCAGGGCUCAGAGGAAGAAGGAGGAGAUGAACAGAAUACGAACACUAGUUGAUACGGCCUACAGCUGUGACCCUAGGAUAAAGAAAUUCAAAGAAGAAGAGAAAGCCAGGAAGGAGUCCGAGAAGAAGGCCAAGGUGGAAGCCAAGAAGAGAGAGCAGGAGGAGAAGGAGCGAGCCCGGCAGGCGGAGCUGGAGGCCGUCCGGUUGGCCAAGGCCAAGGAGGAAGAGGAGGCCAAGCAGCUAGCCCAGCAGGCCAAGAAGGAGAAGGAGAUCCAGAAGAAGGCCAUCAAGAAGGAGCGGCAGAAACUCAGGACCACCUGCAAGAACUGGAAUUACUUCGCUGAGGACGAGGCCGACAGCGUGAAGAUGAUGGAGGAGGUGGAGAAGCUCUGUGAUCGCCUGGAGCUCACCAGGCUGCAGUCCCUGAAUGAAGUCCUGGCCUCGGGCUCCAAAGAGGACAGCAAGGUAGCUGUGGAGAAGCAGGUGCAGGAGGUGAACGCCCAGCUGCAGCGGGAGAAGGAGGCCGAGGUCCAGAUGAGGCAGGCGGCCCGCAGCGCUGAGCAGGCCAGCGGAGGAGGAGGAGGAGGAGGAGGAGGGGGGGGCAAGGGCUGGAACGAGGAGGACCUCCAGCUGCUCAUUAAAGCUGUCAACCUGUUCCCUGCUGGGACCAACGCCAGAUGGGAAGUUAUCGCCAACUACAUGAACCUGCACUCCACCAGCGGCCUGAAGAGGACCGCCAAGGACGUCAUCAACAAGGCCAAGAACCUCCAGCGGCUAGAUCCGGUCCAGAAGGACGAGAUAAACAGGAAGGCCUUCGAGAAGUUCAAGAAGGAACACGGCGCCGUGGCGCCCACCAUCGACAACGCCGUGCCCUCGGAGCGCUUUGACGGCUCCGGCAGCGCCGCCUCCUGGACCACGGAGGAACAGAAGCUCCUGGAACAGGCCCUGAAGACCUACCCGGUCAGCACCCCCGAGCGCUGGGAGAAGAUCGCCGUCGCCGUCCCGGGACGCAGCAAGAAGGACUGUAUGAAGAGGUACAAGGAACUGGUGGAGAUGGUUAAAGCCAAGAAGGCUGCCCAGGAAAACGUGGCAGGCAAGAGUAAAAAAUGACAAGAAUCCCAAGCAAUAGUAUCUGUUAUUUUAACAUUGUUGUGUUGGUCUUUAUUUUGUAUUAAAGAAGAUGCAUAAAUAUGUCA